GGACACCCCUUCAUUGACAUCUGUCGGACACACACACCCUCAGCUAUGGUGAAUCCCUCAUCCUCAUUGACUUGCACGAAAGUUACGUUGCUGACAGUGUUAGCGAUCGCAAUACAAAUCACUGGUCUAUGUCUCUUCAUUUUGGGCUUCUUUCCCGUUACGCCUACUCUCUCUGGCGUCAGGAGCUGUCUGAGGUGCCUCCAUUUUUUGACAGGUUGAUACUGCUGGUAAUUGAUGGCCUUCCUGCUGAAUUUGUGCUCGGAAAAGAUGGGCAUUCUCCUCCUGAAGCUCUCAAGGAGGCUAUGCCAUACACUCAAUCUUUAUUGGAUCAGGGAAGAGGCAUUGGCUACCAUGCAAAGGCUGCACCUCCAACUGUCACUAUGCCUCGCUUGAAGGCCAUGGUUUCUGGCGCGAUUGGGGGCUUUUUGGAUGUUGCUUUUAAUUUCAACACUCAAGCUCUCUUAGAAGACAACAUUAUUGUUCAAUUUCUUAGAGUUGGUUGGAAGAUGGUGAUGCAUGGUGAUGAAACAUGGCUGAAGUUAUUUCCGGGAAUGUUUGUGAGGCAUGAUGGUGUUAGCAGUUUCUUUGUUAAGGAUACCAUUCAAGUAGAUCAUAAUGUCUCACGACACUUGGGUUAUGAACUUAACCGGACUGAUUGGAAUCUUCUGAUUCUACAUUAUCUUGGCUUGGACCACGUUGGACAUAUUGGUGGGCGCAAGAGUGCAUUAAUGGCCCCUAAAUUGAGGGAGAUGGAUGAGACUAUCAAAAUUAUUGAUCAAAGUGUUUUACAACCUCAAGAUAAAGAUGAAGGGCGGACACUCCUGUUGGUGGUUAGUGACCACGGAAUGACUGGAAGUGGUAACCAUGGAGGAUCAUCAUAUGAAGAAACUGAUUCUUUGGCUCUUUUUAUCGGUCCAAGAAAUUUUGGUGGUAUCAAAGUGACCCAUAACAAAGUUAAUCAGGUAUCUUGAGUAUCUAUCCUACAAGCUAAAGGGCUAUAAUGUCCAUGUAUUCUGUACCAUAAGGUAAAUUAUGUUAGGCUAUGUUAGGAACCAGAGUGGAAGAGAUGAAAAUUGACGUAGAAUUGAUAAACGGAAAAGAGAAAGAUAAACUAGAGACUGUUCGAGUCGUCUCAACACUCCCAGUCCUAAAUCCCGAUCCAAAUUCUGCCUGCCUAACUCCUCACCCCCUCUCCCUUAUUUAUUCUAUUUCUAAUGGGCCAGCCCACUUCUAUUAAAUUAGAGGGCCUAAAACCCUAUUAUUGAACAGCAUUAAAAUACUUAAUAAUCUCUUAUUCUUUGUAAUGCCUGGGUCCCUAUCAUCACUCCCCCCUUUGACAACCACCUUGUCCUCAAGGUGGGAGUAAGAAUAUAGCCAUGCUGUUCAGCUUCAUUCUCGCGCCUCUUCCUUCCCAAUACUUCAGCUUGAUUACAUGAAGUGGGAAAACCUUCCCAUUUGGAUUGAGAGCUUCAACCAUCAGACAGUCACAAUGAUUGGUGUCGGUAGUAGCUUGCUCAAGGUUGUUUGCAGGAGAAAAUGAUGGAUAUGCAUAACUCUCAUUCUGUUCUUGAUUACCCUUAGUCAUCCUCUUAUUUAAUUCUUUAUUUUCUGUUGCAUGCGAAAGACUAUCACCAUUUUUUCUCCUAUAUAGCUUCUCUUCACUUCCAACAGUUCUUUCAAGGUGAUAAACAAUAUCAACCUCUAUUUCCUGAACUGCCUCAUACUUUCCAUUCACUCCCGAUGAAACUCGAUGCAGACUUUUAUUUAGGUUUUGCCAACUAACUUCGUCUGAGGUAUCCUUUGCACAAAAGAUGGAUAUUUUGAAGGCAUUCUCUUUCCCUUGUCUAAGGACUCUAUCUUCAGCUGGUAGUAUGCAUGCAGGUUCCCUUGGCAGAUCCAAAAUGACAACAUAUCGCAUUUCCGGAGAUUCCACACCUAGGUGCUGUGAUCCACUUUUUAUUUCACAAUUCACAAGAGAACCGUCUUUUACUACAAGUUCAGCAUCUACUUUUUGACUAGAAACCAUGUGAAUCCCGUACCGUUUCUGAACAAUUGAUAGUGGUAUAACCUCGUUGGUAGAAACCUUUAUAUUAGUAUAGCUUUCAUCCCAGCACCCUCUGCAAUCCCCAGCAAGUGCACCUACAGAGUUCGUGAAGGAGUGAUAAGCACAAUUUGAUAUGAACAGGUAAAUCUCCCUUCCUGGGCGUAUGUGGCUUCUUUCCCAGGAUAUCUCCCGUUCUUUUGGUGGUACCUGCGAACGGAUGGUUUCUCCCCUGCAUAUCAUUGUACUAGUGGUCACACACGGAUGCCCAUGCCUAGGGUCUGAUCCUUCCAUUGCAUUAGUUUGUGGAUCAUCCUCCACCAAUUUCUUUGCUAAGGCACCCCAGAACAAUACCACACCUUCACCGCCUAGAGCGUGGUCAUUACUAUCAACAUAAGUAGCACACUUCUUCAUCCACCUUCUUGUAGUAAGUGUGUUAACACCGUCUUCCAUUUUCCCGUCCUUAUCUCUUUCCUUGAGAAUUUCAAUCCAUUUAUCAGCAAUUGCAAUAUGGAGCAAACCACCAAACCCUAUGCCCCCAUCUGUCAGUACACAAGCUGUUGGUAUUCCCAGAACAUUUUCACCAACGGUUAAUGCAUCUGUGAAGAAACCAGGAAUGAGAUACUGAUUCUGCUCUUCAGGGAAUCCUGAGCUAAAAAAAACUUCAACUCCCUUUGACACUUCCCCCAUUGACCUAUGAUUGCCAGUAACGCCAUUUUCACAAGGGCCACCUAUAACACCCACUGACAUCCGCUUGGUCUCCAGAGAAGAUUUAUCAUCUUCUCUAACGGAAUUUCGCUCUAGAUUAACAACCCUCUGAACAUCCUCAGCACUGUUAGGACCCAACUGGACUCUCUCCUCUUCUACCUUUUCUCUGGGGCGCGAAGAAAAAACACCUCCAGGGACAGGUUGUCGCUGAUUAUCGGACUCCUGAGGGGACGUUGAAGCUUGCAAAGUGUAGGAAUCCGCUUGCGAUGGAGAUUGAGAACAGGAAGAUACUGUUUGGAGCGUAGAUGGCGAACUGUAAGAAACUUCUGGCGACUGCGAACUGGUGAGAGAUGAAACCUGCGAACUAGGAGAAACAGGUUGCUCCAGAGUCUGCGAUGACGAAUAACCUCUGCGUUUCGAAUUCUCGCAGCGUCGCACUGUUCGCGAUCGUCCUCGCCGUCGACGUUUGCCAUUCUCCAGGUUUGCACCCUUCCCCACUUUUCCGCGCGAGGCAUUUUGAUCGGUUUUUCGAUGGGGUUCCUUUCCCUUUUGCGUAGACACACGCUUCUCAAUUGUCACGUACAAACCAGAGGUGACCACUUUCCGUUUUGACCUUUGAUAAUCCCUGCGCUGCUCCAUUUUUUACCGCGUGACUUAGAUCGAAGCUUCCCAGAGCGGACUGCUCUGAUACCAAUGUUAGGAACCAGAGUGGAAGAGAUGAAAAUUGACGUAGAAUUGAUAAACGGAAAAGAGAAAGAUAAACUAGAGACUGUUCGAGUCGUCUCAACACUCCCAGUCCUAAAUCCCGAUCCAAAUUCUGCCU